AUGUUGGCUACUCAGCAGGACACACCUGGCCCCAGGCAGCACAGGGAUGAAGCAGAGACACGGGGCACUGGCGGGAGAGAGUGGCUGGGCAGGUGUUACCCUGGAGUCCUGUGUGUGCUGGGUCCUCAGCGCUCAUACUCAGACCCAUGGGGGAGCCCAGAGAGUGGUAAGAGCUGCAGAGACACAGUGGCCAUGGAUGCGCAGGUGCUGAGGAAGAAGCUAGGCCGGGCCUGGGCAGAGGCAGCCCGUGCCCUCCUGGGCAGCCUCUUGCUCUACGUCUUGGAUCGCACUGAAGGGCCCCUGAGGGUGAAGGAUGGGGAGCACAGGGCCAGCCGCCCAGCCCUGCCCCAGGAGGCCAGCCGGCGGCCCACACGCUUCCAGCUUCUGCAGGCCAAGUUCAUGGGCAAGGGGCGGGAGCCCCCCCUGAAGAGGACUCAGGAAGUGGGCCGGCUGAUCUCCAAGGACAGGCAGGGGCCCAGCCGGAGCUUCGUGAGCACUACCAUCAGCAAGCUGUUGGAGAAGACCCAGGGGAGUGCCAGCAGCCCCAGCCAGAGGCCCACAGCCCGAGAGAAGCCCCGCUCAGGUGGCCCUGGUGGGAGGAGCACCGUGAAGACCAUCCUGAAGAAGUUUCUGGCCGCAGAGGAGAAGGAAGCCAAGGAGAAGGACGUGCAUAUGCUGCCCCGAGGCCCAGGGCCUGGAGCCGCGAGGGGCCCUCUGUCAAGGGUAGGUGGCCGAGGCAACAUCCUGUCCAAGCUGCGGGAGAGGUUUGAGCAGAGUGGCUGCCUCCAUGCGGAGGCCAGAGUGCUGCCACUGCGCAAGGAGGACCGGAAGAGCCGGGCUCUGCAGAGGAGGACAUACCGGCCAGAGGUCCGUGUGCUGCACAUGGCCACCAUGGCCACCAGCUGCACCAGGACACCCCCUGCCCGCUUUCUGGCCUGCGCGGCUGAGCCCCUGCCAGCCUUAAGCGUUGCUACCGUGGUGGGCAGUCCCCAUGGCUGGCUGUCCCGCUGUGGCAAGAUCAGUCACUCAGAUGCCAGACGCCAGGCCAAGACAGAGGCCAGCCUGUCUCCUGGAGAGGGGCACACAGAGCCUGGUGGGAACAAAACUCCAGGAAUGGGGCUCCUGAGCGAGGGUCCCAGGGAACAGAGGGAGCCCUCCCAGUCCUCCGUGCCCCAGGCCAUGGCUCCUGGGGGCCCUCAUGCAGCAGGCACCCCCCAGCCCGAAUCCUCUUGUGCUUCCCUCCAAGACAGAGCUCUUCCUGGCCACCCGCCCACCGUGGCCCUACUGGGUCCUGCCGACCCGAGGGGCGCUAGGCCAGUUGCAAAGCAAAGGACAGUGGAACCCAUAGCAGCAGGGGCUGCAGACCACACUCAGGGAGUGGAGGAAGGUGCGGGGCAGGGCCCUCAAAUCUCCAUGACUGUGUACAGCUCUGAGGACGAGGCAGAAAGUGUUCUUCCAGACUCUGAGAAAGAGCCCCUCUUUGCCACCCAGCAGUGCCUGCCCACGCUCCAGCAGGAAGCCAAGGCCUACAUACCCCGAGCCCGUCCAGCUGUCUGGGCAGCACAGCGUACACAGCCUGGCAUGGCAUCUGCACAGAUAACUGUGCGGCUUCCUGUCAUCCUCAGAAUGCCAGCUCCACCCACGCUCCAAACCAGUACACUGAGCCAGGCAACCUGGUGUCUUCAUGUGUCACAGGGAGAGGCCGUGAUGGACAAGAUAACCGCAGACAGGACAGAUGCUCCAGCCCUGGACAGGCUAAGCAAGCCAGGCCAGAUGCCAGAGAGCCCCCUGUCCUCAGAGUCGGGGCUACAGGGAGCCCUGAAAGGGAUUGGCAGCAUGGACCCCAGGGCCUCACUGACGGUCCUGAGGCCAAAGCCCCCAAGUUCUCUUGCUGGAAAGGUAGGCCCCGGCAGCCAUGCUGGGCCUUCAGGACCCACCUUUUCUGCAUACAGUGGUGAGACUCGUGCAUUGCUAGAAUCAAACGAAACACAGACGCAUUGUGAGGCCCCGUCUUCCCAUCAGGCCCCAGCGUGGGAAAGCUAUCCAGGAGGAGGCCCCCACCCUGCCCCUGCCCCUGCCCCUGUCCCUGCCCAGCUGGCUCCUCAGGAGAGAAGAUCCUUGUUGGCAACUCCCCAGGAUUACAGACAGCCUGAGAGUUGCCCCUGUGUGGACCAAAGCAACCACUGUGGGCAAGAAGAAUGCCCCAGGAGCCCAACACAGGCGGCUCUGCCCCCGGGGAUGGCCCCGGGGAAUCCCAACCAGGACCUAUGUAAGAACAAACAGUCCUGGCUAGGGGACCAGCCUGAGGCAGGUAUCCCAACCUCAAGGGACACAGCUGCUGCAGGGAAUAUCUCAGAUCCCACAGUGCCACUGGAAGGUGCCCAGAAAACACCCCUAGUGGCUGUCCAGACAGUAACACAGGCUGACACCCAGGCUCUGAAAAACAAAGCAGCAGAACUAGCCACUUUAGAGGAGAACAGAGAAGACAGAGCAUGGACCACUCACCCCUGUGCCGCUGCAGUAAAAGGUCUCCCUGGGAAGCUGGUACCAAGUGGGCCCUCAAUGCACAGGGUAGGGGCCACAGAAUGGAGCAUCCAGGGCUCAGCCCAAUCCCAUGCCCCCACAUGGGUGCCCCCCACUGUGAUUUCAGAGGAUGCCACUAACCCCUGCCAGGCACUCACAGCGUCCAGACUGUGUACUCCAAAUGACUCAGGAGCCAGCGUCCCUCGUGCAUCCAAAGAGAACAAGGAUGUCUGUGCCACAGAAGAGGACACUCUGUGUAACAGUGUGGCUUCCCAAACACCAACUGCCAGGCACUCCCAGAAGUCUCUGGGCUAUGACCUGGACCAGCCAUGGCGGCCCUCCACAGAGCCACAUGCACGGGACUCACGGCCUUCUCCUGACACAGUGUACACCCCUGCAUGCCCCACAGGUCUGGCCCCCACUAAAGAAGCCUGGUCUGCCCAGCUGGCCCUGGAGCUCCCUGCCCCUGACCAGCAGGCAAAGCACAGGACUGUACCCAAGACCAAGAGUGCAAGCCCGGCCUCAGCAGGCUUGGAGCCAUCAGAGAGUCACUGUGGACCUGUGCACUCACAGCAGAUAGGACAGUGGGACAGUUCUCAAACAAUGUCAACGCCUGUGGGCCAGGAAGACAGAGGGUGCAAGCCAGAGCCUUGGGCAGCUUGGGACCUAGCAGGGAAUGAGAAACCAACAACAAGGGAAAAGCCAGAUACUGUCAGAGCCCAAGGGCAGGAGCAUCUGCCAGGGCCCAGGGUCAGGCGGGUCAGCAACCCAACCCAGGGAGACAGCACACAGGCUGUAGGGAGCCCUGCUGCACAGAGCCAGGGCAGGGCCAGGGGGCCAGUGGCCCAGGCCAGGGGCCAGUGUGGCAACCAGGACAAGGAAGCCGCCACUGCCAGUGCCAGCAGGGACCCCUCUGCACCAGGCCCCAGCAUGGGCAGCCUGGGCAGCCCAGGCACCAGGAGCCUAUCCCAAGGAGAUGGGGGUGCCACAGCCUGUCCCUCAGAGCCGAUGGCCAGCCCCAUCCCACCUGCACCUGAUGUGAGGAGCCACCAGGUCCCCCAGGCCAAGGCCCAGGUGGGGGCCCCAGAUACCCUGGGGACAGAGAUGAACUGGCCAGGUUGUGAGCGGCACAGGAGGCUGGUGCACUUGGCCAAGUACAAAGCCCAGAGCUUCAGCGACCAGAGAGCCUUCGACCUGUCCUUCAGGCCCAGGGUCCUCAGGGCUAGCGACACCUUCGAGGCCCCCAAGUGAGAACCCAGCUGGGACCCCUGCCCCACCCCACCUCCUCACCCCCCACCCCUGCUCCCCAGCGCUCUCAGGUGGGGCAGAAUUUCCUGCUCCAUGUGCUCUCUGAAGAGCAGUGUGCUCACCGCCCUCUUGCUCUCUCCCCUCGCAGGGCCUGACCUUGGGCUGACCUUGGCUGACACUGGGAACUGAGUCCCUUUUGUGUUGUGUGGGUUCUUCCACCCUUG